CUGUUUAAACACAGAAUAGAUCGAACUUUGCUAUCUUUCAAACCAUUUAUGAAUAAAGUCUUAGUCUUUUACACAGCCUUAGGUCUUAAUCUUCCUAUAGGCAGCUAGUUAUAGGCAGGAGUUAUCAAAUAAUGAGAUUUACCCUCAUGUCCAUUUACUCGCAGCUUUAAGCAUACACAGCUAAAAUACAUGUUUCCUUGGAGUGCUCAUAAACUGCCACAAGAUGUCGCAAGUUGUGCGUUUCUAAAAUUAUUCAUUAGCAGCUUAUCAGUAGUAGUAAUAUAAAUAGAUCUGUUAUUUUAUUAGUCAGUAGCUGGCCUAAUUAAUAAGAAUAUCAUCCAAAAAAAAAUUAUAAGCAUCUUAUUUUAUUCUUAUUUUUUUAUCUUACUUUUUCCAUAUCUUUUUUUUGUAUCAUUUUCUUGUGUUUGUAUUCUUUAAUAACUGCACUGUCCAUGGAGCGGACCCGACUUACAUUUCACUGCUGAUCAUAUGCUCUCCAUAUAACCAUGUAUGUGACAAAUAAAAAUCUUGAUUCUUGAUAUAGUUAAUAUCUUGAGAUGCUUCGGAAUAUAAAUCUCACUCCUAUAAUAUUUCCCAUUUCACUGUUUAAAAGCUUUUCCUUUUUAAAAAAACUUUUUACUCCACUUAUUAUUUCUCAGGGUAGAUCUAUUUUUCAAAGUCAAAGCAGGCUUUUCAUGGUACUGAACAAUGACAUGUGACAAUUAUUGCCCAUAAAGAAAGACAGAGUUUACUGAACACACCAAAAGCGAGGCAUCUGGUCACACUGCCCUUAAUCCACACAAAAAUUUAAAUUCUGCCAUUAUUCACUCAACCUGAAGUUGUUCCAAACAUAUAUAAAUGUCUUUCUUCUGCUGAACACAUAAAAGGUCUUCUGCUGAUCUUUUGCGUUCCACAGAACAAAUAAUAAUGUAGGCUAAUACAGAUAUGGAACGAUAGACCUAUGAAAGUGAAUAAUGAUAGAAUUUUCAUUUCUGGGUAAACUAUAAUAGUCUACUGAAACCAGAUAUUAAGAUACAAAAUAUCAAACCGAUAUUUUGGACAACAGACGUAAUUAAUAAACAGCCCUAUGAAAACCAGUACCUGUCUAGAUUUUUGUCAGUAAAUUUAUAGGCUACCCUAAAUGACCCACGGAAACCCUAAUAAAUAGCUACAGAAAUAACGUCACGUAAAGAUUGCCUACGUCAUAACACAGAGGAAGUAAGAAAUUUCGAAACGCAGAGGCUGGCACAGUACCACCUGUAUCCUGAUGUCACAGCUGUGUGUGACACAAACCUUCCUUUAAUGCAAAACUGUGCGCGUCGUAGCUUAACACAUCUGCCAUCAUGAACGGCCAGAGAAGACUGAGCAGCUUCCGCGCGACAGUCCCUGACCAAACCAAUGCCAAAGAUAAAACAAAAGCAAAUGGGAAAAGUAAAGAGCUGAGAGAUCACCAGACGACUGACCGGGAGGAUCAGUCUCCAGAGCGCGCCGAGGACAAGUGCGCGCCAAAGCGGGAAAGCACGAAACAACGGACUAAAAAGGAUAAAAAUCCUAAUGACUGUGAAAGUGAAGACAAACCGCACGAAACCCAAGCGCCAAAACGGAAAACCAUUCUUCGACAGAGUAAAAAGCAGAAGGAUCUCAGUCAGUCUCCGGAGAACCCCGAGAGUAAGUGCGAAGAAAACAGCGCUUCGACAUCUAGAAAAGAUUCUGUUCCCAAUAACGCAAACAAUGCUGACGAGAAUGACAAACAAGACAGUGCAACAAGCAAGCAACAUAUUAAAAAGAAUGACUGUGAAAGUGAAGGCAAACCACAGCAGACCGUCAAGAGCAAGUCCGAUGAAAAACCAGCACCAAAACCACGGACUAAAAAGCAGAAAGAUGACAAAGCAGCAGCAGCUCUGGAGAGCUCCGAAAGCAAAUCGCAAGCAAAAUCCACAAAAAGACCUCGAAAUCGACCUGAAUCUGCAACUCAAACAGGUUUUUCUGAGGACGCUUCUCCAGCGGUUAGCGCGCGCAGCAGUGAUCGCCAAAAGAUAAGCGCAGAAAACGCAACUGCAGUGAGAGGACUAAGCGUCGAGGACACGGGAAAGGUUCUUAAGGCAACUAUUGACAAAUUAAAGAUCAAGAAGAGCGAGCGGUCUAAUGCGGCCAGUUAUGUUAAUAACAUCACGGAUAAAGUCAUUACACACCUGAAACAAAACGUGACCUGGUGUGAAGAUAUCGAGAGGUUACGAACUGGAAGUUAUUAUGAAAACGUCAAAAUUUGUGAACCAGAUGAAUUUGAUGUGAUGCUGACUAUUCCUGUGGAGCGAGUGGACAUUAAGAAGUUCGAUAUGGCCGGAGCAUUUUACAGUGUUGCAUUGAAACGACAUCCGAAUAAGCAUGUUCUGGACAGAUUCCUAAAUGAAGACAAGAUCAUUCAGGCCGGCGAAAUGCUGAGAGAAUUGAGAGAUGCCGUCAAGGAGGCUGUGGGGAAACUCCCAUACCAAAUUAAUGUACAGCGAAAAAAGGCAAGAUGCCCUGCAGUGACGAUGGAAGUAAAAAUGAAAGAAAAUGGAAAGGCUAUUUCCAUCGACUUCGUUCUUGGUCUUAAAGUUCAUUGUGCAAGCUGGCCAGACUUUACAAAAGACGGCUUCAAAAUAGAAAAAUGGCUUGGUAAAAAGGAGAAAGCUAAUAUGAAGCGUCAACCAUUCUACCUGGUGCCUAAAUAUGAGGGAAAUGGAAACGCAGAGCAUGAUGGAGUUGUUGCGAAAGAUGCCUGGCGAAUUUCUUUUUCACAUGUUGAAAAAGAAAUUCUGAAAAGGCACGGUCAGUCCAAGACAUGCUGUGAGGACGCUGGACAGAAAUGUUGCCGGAAGGAGUGUCUAAAGCUACUGAAGUAUCUUCUUCAACAGCUCAAAGAUGAUGACUCCAAAUCCAGUAAGAUGUCCAGCUUCUGCUCCUAUCAUGCAAAGACCACCCUUCUCCAUGCUUGUGCUACAAGGGGAACCGACAGCGAGUGGGCAUACAGUCAGCUAGCCGAAUGCUUCAAGCAGCUUUUAGAAGACUUUGUGCAACAUCUGAGAGAACGUCAUCUCCCUAACUUUUUCAUUCCAUCCCAUAAUCUCUUACAUCAAGCCUCUCAGAAUAGCUGUGAUUUCCUGGCAAAUGAAAUUGAAUUUCAGCUAAAUAACAACUUUCUUAUUUUCCGUUAAUUUGGAUUUUCGGUUUAUUGUAUUCAUGUAUGUUUUGUUCUUUCAUCUUGACAGGCGAUAAUUGCUUAAUACCAUUCAAUAACACAUAUUCCACAUAGUUUAUAGGCUUUUAUUUGAUAUACAUGUACAUUCAACUGAUCGAGAUUGUUACAUCAUCUACCGUUGGGGGCAUUUUACCUUACAUCAAUGUAGAUUAAAAAAAAAUAAAAAAUACUGAACUUGGGGGAAAAAUAUUAAAUGAUAUGCAUGCAUACAAAAUGAAUAAGUGUUUCUUAAACCUAACAAAAAAAACUUUACGGUCAAUUACAAGGACUUCACAGGCCAAAUGAGAGGAUAAACACUUUAAAAGCUUAUAAAUGUACUGCAGUGAGUAUAGUGACAUCAACGUGAAAGAUGCAAUUAAAGAUCAAUACCACUGCUGGUACAACAGAUACAAAUGCUUAAAAGCACACAUUUGGUUAGGAAACAUCUGGUAGACAUUGAAAAAUUUUGGUUGAAUCAUGGAUGAUUUUAAGUAAUCUUAAAUUUGUUGUGAAGUAAAACAUUUCCGUCAUGCUGAUGUUACUGAAACUGGGUACUGUAUUACAUUCUAUUAGAAUGUUGUGUACAUAUAUAAUAAACACACUAAAGACAAUCUCAA